ACAUGGGUGUCCAGGUUUUCAAGGAUUGGAAGGGCAACCCCAUCAACAAAGACAGGCAUGGUGGAGCCAAAGCUGCAUUGUUCAUCUGCUUUAUGGUGUUGAUGACAAACAUGUCGUAUGCACCAACCUUUCUAAACUUGGUGACAUAUCUUCGUGGUACAAUGCAUAUGGAUGUUGCCACUGCGUCCACCACCGUCACUAACUUCUUCGGUACUACCUGCGCUUUUGCUUUGCUCGGCGCCUUCAUCUCCGACUCUUAUCUCACUAGAUUCAAAACCUUGCUUCUUUUUGCUCCCCUAGUUAUCCUUGUAAGUCUCUCUCUCUCUCUCUCUCUCUCUCAACCUCUUAUUUGGAAACUCGGUUUUGUGAUGCUUACAUUGCAAGCAUAUCUUCCAUCUCUAAGACCACCAACAUGCGACGACACAACUACUUCUGGUUCUGGGCAACAAAGUGAGUGCAAGCAAGUCCAUGGCCCCAAAGCUGCUGUAUUGUAUAUAGCCUUAUACACUAUAGCGAUAGGAGAAGGCAGUUUAAGAGCCAACCUCCCACCAUUUGGUGCAGACCAGUUUGAUGAUGAUAAUGAUGAUGAUGAUGAUGAUAUAAUCAACAUGCGCCGCCGCCGCAAGUCUAGCUACUUCAACUGGUUGAACGUCUGCAUUUCAGGUGGAUCCGUCAUGGGUCUAACCCUGAUAGUAUGGAUUGAGAGUAGCAAAGGAUGGACCCUAGGUCUCGCUCUAACUUCAGCUGUUAUGUUACUUGGACUUAUUGUGCUUUCACUUGGUUUUAAAUCCUACCGUUAUCAGAUCCCAAGAGGCAGCCCCCUUACUCGGAUGUUACAGGUUUUGGUAGCUGCAUUUAGAAAAAGAAAUCUUCCCUCACCAAAAAAUGAAGCAGAAUUAUAUCAAGAAUCUCCUGGUGAAGAGAAAAUAGGGGAGAUACUCUCACAGACAAAGAGUCUCAAAUUCCUAGACAAAGCUGCAAUUAUAAAUGGGUCAACAACGACAGGGAGUAUUAAUAAUAAUUGGUCUCUUUGCACUGUGACCCAAGUAGAGGAGAUGAAAAUCAUAAUUCGAAUGCUACCAAUCUUCCUUAGUGCUUUGCUUGCUUACAUUCCUGUACCACAACUUUUGACAUUUACCAUUCAACAAGGAAGCACUAUGAACACCAAGCUAGCAUCUGGGAAAAUCAAUGUCUCUCCUGUCUCUCUUCUCACCAUCCCCAUAUUUUUCCAAACAAUUUUCUUAAUCGUCUAUGAUCGCUUAUUUGUGCCAAUUGCAAGCAAGAUCACAGGACAUAGAACUGGCAUCACCCACUUGCAACGGGUCGGCGUUGGCUUCGUAAUGGUAUCACUAGCAGGUACUAUAGCUGCACUGAUUGAGAGGAAAAGGAAAAGCAUCGUAGCUGCUGGAGCUGGAGUUGGAGCUGAUCAUGUGGUGGUGCCCAUGUCUGUUUUGUGGCUUGGAUUUCAAUUCUUUGCUAUUGUUAUCAUCGAUGUGUUUACAUAUGUUGGUUUGCUUGAGUUCUUCAAUAGUGAGGCGUCGAGGGGGAUGAAGUCCUUGGGAACUGCCAUUUUUUGGUGUAUACUUGGCUUGUCAUCCUUGUUAAGCUCUACUCUUGUGGAACUAGUCAACAGAUACACCGCACAUCAUCCCGGAGAAACUGGAUGGUUGGGAGGAAACGAUUUGAAUCACAAUCAUCUUGACCGUUUCUAUUGGUUGCUAGCCAUCCUUGGCCUUGUUGGGUUCUUCAACUAUUUGUUUUGGGCCACCAAAUAUGUGGAGAGAAAAACUAUUAAUAAUGUUGAUCGGAGCAGUACUUGA